AUGGCGGAGGAAAUAGCUGAUAUACUGCAAAGAUUUGUACUUUCCAUCAAAGAAAGGGGAGAAACAGAGCUUGACUUGGGAGAUGUAGGACCAAGCGUGAAGGAGUGCAAAGAAAGUCUGGUUGGGAAGAUAAUGGGUGAGAAAAUCAUAAACUUUGUGGGCGUGAAAAUUUUUGUUACACUAGCAUGGGGCUACCCUAAAGGUCUCAGGGUGGUGGAGGUAGGAGUAAACACGUUCCAGUUCUUACUACCUAGUGAGAAGGAUAGAGAAAGAAUUUCAAAGGGAGGUCCAUGGAUUAUUGAUAGCCAAAUAUUAGUUGUUAGACCAUGGUUUGAAGGAUUUGAAGAGGAAGGUGCUGAUUUUAACAUCGCUCCAUUAUGGAUUCAAGUGUGGAAUCUCCCUGUGCAUUGGAUAUCUAAGGAGGUGGGAAAAAAGAUAGCAUCAGUGUUUCAUGAAACGAAGGAAAUGAUUAUACCUCAAGGAAGAGGAAAGGAAGGGAGACACAUUAAAAUGCUUGUGAUGGCUGACAUUUCCCAACCUCUUAUGAGAGGUACCACGGUGAAAAUGGAAGGAAAGGUGAAGUGGUUAAGUUUCAAAUAUGUGAGGGACCUGACUUCUGCUAUACAUGUGGCAAAAUAG